AAUGAAGAAAAAAAAAGAAAUUACUAGGAAGAAAGAACCGGAGAAGGAGAUUCAUUACAAUUGCCCUCCCUUUUACCACAACAUUCUUUGACCAUCACCUCACCUCCUUCCUCCCUUCUUCCUCAUCUCGCUGGAUUUCAUUUCAAUUCAUCAUUCAACAACCUUUUCCCCCUUCUAUUCUAUUCAUAUAUCUUCGCCUCUUCCCAUUCUCUUUCCCACAUGAUUCAGCCGAUCUCCCUUCAAUCCUUCGAUUUCCGACCAAGAAUAGGAAAUCUGUAAAUGGGUAUCUGCAAUUCCACCCCCAAGGACAGCGCCUCCAGCAGCGCCGCCGCCGCAGAAGCCCACCACGAAAAAGGCAGCGCCGCCUGGCCCGUCGCCAAGCUACGCCCCCACUUCACGUCGAAGAAGCAGGAGGGCUCCAAUCACAAACCCAAGGAUAAUAAUAAUAAUAAUAAUAAUAAUAAUAAUAAUAAUAAUAAUAAUAAUAAUAAUAAUAAUAAUAAUCAGAAGAAUAAGCAGCAGAAGCAGAAGCAGAAGCAGAAGCAAAAGCAGUCUCCGCACAAUGUGAAGCACAACCCGAGAAGGCAGAAUUUGUCGAUCCCUUGUGGGAAAAGAACCGAUUUUGGGUACGAGAAGGAUUUUAAUGAGAGGUAUACGAUUGGGAAAUUGCUGGGACAUGGCCAAUUUGGCUAUACUUAUGUUGCGGUUGAUAACAGCAAUGGAGAUCGUGUUGCUGUCAAGAGAAUAGAGAAGAACAAGAUGGUUCUUCCAAUUGCUGUUGAGGAUGUGAAGAGAGAAGUCGAGAUAUUGAAAGCAUUAGACGGUCACGAGAACGUGGUUCAGUUCCAUAAUGCUUUCGACGAUGAUUCAUAUGUAUAUAUAGUGAUGGAGUUAUGUGAGGGUGGAGAGUUACUAGACCGUAUAUUAUCUAAAAAAGAUAACCGUUAUGCAGAGAAAGAUGCAGCUAUUGUUGUAAGGCAGAUGCUGAAAGUUGCCGCGGAAUGCCACUUACAUGGUUUGGUACACCGUGAUUUGAAGCCCGAGAACUUCUUGUUUAAGUCGGCCAAUGAGGAUUCACCAUUGAAAGCUACAGAUUUUGGACUUUCAGACUUCAUAAAACCAGGAAAGAAGUUCCACGACAUUGUUGGGAGUGCAUAUUAUGUUGCUCCAGAGGUAUUGAAGCGCAGGUCAGGCCCGGAAUCAGAUGUAUGGAGCAUUGGUGUGAUUACUUACAUUUUGCUUUGUGGCCGUCGGCCCUUUUGGGAUAAAACUGAGGAUGGCAUAUUUAAGGAGGUUCUCAGAAACAAGCCUGAUUUUCGGCGGAAACCAUGGUCAAGUAUAAGCGAUGCUGCUAAAGAUUUUGUGAGGAAGUUGCUCGUGAAAGAUCCCCAUGCAAGACUUACUGCCGCCCAAGCUUUAUCUCAUCCAUGGGUACGAGAAGGAGGUGAAGCUUCAGAUAUUCCACUAGACAUAUCCGUUCUAGCCAACAUGCGGCGCUUUGUGACGUACAGCAGAUUGAAGCAGUUUGCACUUAGGGCACUGGCUGGCACAAUUGACAAGGAAGAGCUGGCUGAUCUACAAGAUCAGUUCGAUGCCAUAGAUGUGGAUAAAAAUGGAGCUAUCAGUCUCGAGGAAAUGAGACAGGCCUUGGCGAAGGAUCUCCCUUGGAAGUUGAAAGAAUCGCGUGUUCUUGAAAUCCUUCAAGCGAUUGAUAGUAACACCGAUGGACUAGUAGAUUUCUCGGAGUUUGUUGCUGCAACCGUUCACGUGAAUCAGCUGGAGGAACACAACUCAGAGAAAUGGCAGAUGAGGUCCAAGGCCGCUUUUGAAAAAUUCGAUGUUGACAAAGAUGGAUACAUAACACCAGAGGAAAUCAAAAUGCACACGGGGCUAAGGGGUUCGAUGGACAUGCUUCUAGAAGAAGCGGAUAUCGACAAAGAUGGGAAGAUCAGCUUGUCAGAAUUCCGCAGGCUGUUGAGAACUGCGAGUAUGAGCUCGACCAGUGUCACCCCGAGAGGUAAUCAGCAUCGAAAAAAGAUGUAUUGACGAGCAUGGUUUCGGCUUAAGUUGCAGCAUAGUUUUGGGCGUUGGUCUCGUUAACACCAACAGGUGGUUUCUUGCUGUAAAUUGUUUGUUGCUGCUGUUGGACCAUCUUUUCUCUCUUGCAUGUAUGUAUAUACGAAUCUAUCAAUUGAUUAUACUAAAUUAAAUGAAAUUCUUUUAGUUUUUUGUA